AUGCAAUCGGUAGGAAUCAAUAUCCUUUUUUUCCCUUUUAGCUGUCAAGCUUCAUAUACAGGGGAACGUUGUGAGACGGAUGUCCAAGAGCCUGAUGGUGGCAGUCUAUCAACCGUCACUGUUGUACUCAUCAUUGCUGGCUGUACUGUGCUGCUUAUCGUUGUGGUGUGCAUGCUGGUCUGCAUGUGUCUCCUCAUUCAGAGGCAACACGCCAAGUCGCUGGUUUAUCGUGAGGACAGACAACGGUCUGGUGUGCGAAGAGAAAGCAGGAGUAUUUUCGAUAACUACGGUGAUCGGAGCACGGAGUCUGUUGAUGUCUCCUGCAUGGCAGACUUCGAUGAUGAGGCGGUUAGGAUGAGGCGUUUGAUGCACGUGAUGGGCCGGUCUCGCUACUUGCAAGGGAACUUGUCUGCUCGAGAGGAGUUUGUCCUACCCUACAUGGCUACAGGAAUUGAAGGGCUGUAUCGUGAGGAUGGUUCCGUCAACCCAGCAGGUCGUGUGGUGCGCAAUCCCAUGGUCAACUAGACGCCCCAUCCGUUCACUGCACGUUAACAGC